CUCUGCAGUAGACUGAAGUGGUUGGAUUUUAGACGAAGUUUUAACUUUCAAAAUGAUCACCUUUCGGUGGAAGGUAUUUCUAAGUGUGUUAGCACUUAAUGCCAUCAUUCUGGUGCUCGCCAAAACCGACAAACGUCAACUCAAAGACAUUCAACAGAAAAUUCCAAUGCAUUUGCGCACCCGGAAAUUCUGCAACGAAACCAGCUGCGAAUAUGCAUGCCCAAUAGACUACGAGCUGGAUAAGAAUACCAGCACCUGCCGCUACAAGCGUUCAAGCUGUCCGCCGAAUUACAUCCGCAGACAUGGAAGCUGUGUGCUGCAGGACGUGCAAUGCCCGCCGGGAAGUGUGAACGAGGGAGGGCGAUGUAUCGUGAGGAGCUUCGAAUGUCCAUCCGGUUACGUACUAGAGGGAUCCAACUGUGUCAAUUCCAAAUACUGUCCAGAGAACUACCACUGGUCGAACGGUUUCUGUUAUCAUCAGCAACGAUUGCAGAGUAGCUGCCCAUAUGGCUAUGAAACUCGGAACGGAGUGUGCAUUCAGAUUUGUGUUAAUUGUGAUGCAGCAUGUGCUGAAUGCAAUGACGAAAGCAUUCAACCGAUCUGUCCUGCUAAAUUUGAAGCAAGCGCAGGGCGAUGUUUGAGAAUCAUUCAGGGAAUGGCUUCAAUUCAACUCCAAAACAUAACGUACAAAGUGCCGAUCGAAUGUGAGAAUGAUGAAUUUUAUAGCGACGGCACUUGUAGAAAGUUUGAUUUUGUUAACCCGCAAUGUCCAGUUGGGUAUUUCUACGAUGGAAAAUGUGUAGAGGUGGCCAAAUGCAGUAAAGGCUUUCUCCAGAACGACUGUGAGUGUGUGAUGAAUAGCACGUAUCUAGCAACUUGUAGACAGGGAGAACCGACUGGACUAGGUUGUAAAUACUCAGACGUGUUAUGCGGUAAACAGACAGAGUUGACGAAUGGAGUAUGUAAAAAAGAAAUUUCGCAAGAAUCGGUGUGUCCAAAUGGCGUUCCAUUCGAUGAUGUAUUUUGUACGACAGACCCGCCGAAUUGUCCAAACGGAUAUAGGUUGGAAGGUUCCAUUUGUAAGCGUGAGGAUUCUUACCCAGCCCAGUGUGAAAACAACCAACGGAUUGAAAAGAAUUGGUGCGUGUCUCCUGCAGUGUGCGAUUCAGGAUACACCUUACAAGGCGAUCACUGUAUUAAGGAGACAUAUGAGAACUUCAAGCGAUGUCCAUCUGGAACUUAUGAAGACGGUGAAUGGUGUGUAAGCGAUAGACGGAUUUGCGACUCUGAUUAUGAUUUCGAUGAAAAGUAUGGGCUAUGCUUCAAAUACGUUGAGAAAACUCGCUUGUGUCCUGCCGGAUAUGAUUAUAUAAAUGGAACCUGCGUUAAAAAGGAUCUGCUUUGUACCGACGGUUUCGUGUGGAAGGACAAUCGUUGCGUGAAAGAAAGUUUACAAACUGAAUGUAUUAAAGGACAGCUAAUCAAUGGUAUGUGCGUUGAGGAUUUGAGAUGCCCCGAAAACUACGUAGUGUUGGAUAGAAAAUGUGUAAAAAUAGAUGAUACGGAGUGCCCAGAGGGAUCGAGAAAUGAAAAUGGCAUUUGCGUUGCCGACAAGCAGUGUCCCCCUGACUAUUCACCAGGAGCGGUGUGUUGCGUUAAAGAAUCUCGAACUUUACUGAGCUCCACUAUCAAACCGACAUGCAUUGCCGGAUUUACGUAUGAUAACGGUAACUGCAUACGUAUUACCUGGAGAAAUGCCACCAUCCGUAAGGUAUCGGCCGAGUGCCCAGAACAAUAUGCCAUGCAGGGUGGCAAAUGUAUACAACAGCACAGGGGUUUGUUGGUGUGUCCUCCGAAAACCAUUUUGAUGAAUGAAGCCAACAAAUGCUUUUGUUCAGUUGAUCUCGUUUGUCCUGCUGGAUACGAACGCAUUGGCGAUGAAUGUAUUUUCCGUUCCACAAACUACUAUUCUUCAUUUCUUAAUUUUCUCAAUCCGUGCUACGGAAGUCUUUGUGGAAUGCAGUUUUGUAUAACGCAGUGUUUCGCCCCUCCGUGUCCAGUUCAAGCUUGUUCCUACAGUUCCUUCCAAAGGUCGGCAUCACUGUAUUCGUUUGCGAAUACGGAGCCUUGCGGAGGAAUAGGCGAAACUUGCAAUGAGCUGGAAUCAGUCACCACCUUGAUUUGUCCCCCGGGCUAUUCCAGAGAAAAUAACACCUGUGUUGGUUAUUAUGACAGGAUUUGCCAGAAGGGCUACAGUAUGCGGUCGGGUCAGUGUAUCAAAUUUGAAGAAGUUCGCAUGAUAUGCCCUCCAGGAUAUUCGCAGAACGACGGAACAUGCAUCCAUAUUCAAUGCGAUCGAGGAUUCACACGAGAUGGUUUACAGUGUAAGAAGAUAGAGUAUCAACAACCCAUGCCGUGCAUCAAGCCUCGGGUCUUUAUUGGAGGAAGGUGUAUUAUGAAAACCGAAUGCAACAAAGGGUCUAUCGAAGGCGAUUUUUGUGUUAAAAGAGAACAUGCUUCGUUUAUGUGUCCCCCGUACUUCAUUCAGCACAAUGAAUCGUGCAUAGCCGAAAGCAAAUGCCCAAGCGACUCCCAGUGGGUUGAUAACGUUUGCAGGACGAGAGACAUUAUUCCGCUGCUCUGCGGAGGUACUAGAUGGGUCGGCGACUUUUGUAUCUACGAGCAACUCAUAAUUAACUCAUACGAAUCAAUCAAAACUAAAUGCUCUGGAAAAAUAAUAACUGAAGGAGGUUCCACUUAUUGUGGUUACGUUAUUUCUCCUUUAUGCAGAGAACCAUAUGUUCUGAAAAACGGCAGAUGCAUACAGUAUUCAACCAAAACACCGUACUGUCCCGAGAGUAUGGUUAUUCAAAAUGGGCAAUGCAUCAGUCGCCGAAGUUGUGACAACGAAAGCUAUCUUAAUCAAGAAAAUAGAUGUGUUUCGAUACACAUUAGAAAGGCGAAAUGCUACAAAGGAAAACUUUCAUCUGGAAGGUGUUAUCACAAUAUGCCAAGCUGUAAGGUAGACUACAGAUUGGUUGAUGGAAUGUGCUCUAAAGAGGAUUUACUGCCUGCCUCUUGCUCAAAGGGAUUUCUUCUUAAAGGAAAGUGCGUGGAGCUGAGAAGAUGUAAAGAUGCCAGUCACACUCUCUCGAAAGGUUUAUGUAUGCGUCAUGAAUGCAGUGAACCAUUUUGCGUAGCGAAGGCAGCUCGCACCCAUAAUAUUUGUAUUUACGGUUAUCCCAAAUGUCCAGACAACCACUAUAUGGAAAAUGGAUACUGCCACUCAUAUAGCAUCCAAUCGGCGGAAUGCACCGGUAAUUCGAAGUGUUCGGAAAACUUCUGUCAUCUUAUAAACCCAUCGUGUACUUCUCCCUUCACGUUCGAUGGUUCCGUUUGCAAACAAAUGGUAUCUCGAAGAGCAGAAUGUCCACAAGGAACAUAUCCCGAUCGAUCCAACCCUAGCUAUUGUCAGUACACUAGCCAACAUGCCGCAUACAGUUGCGAGCACAAGUAUCAUUUCAAAAAUGGCAUCUGUCAGAAGUACGAAUACGUUGAAGCUAGCUGCCCACAAGGAUAUAGGUUGCAAAACAAUCUCUGUAUUAGGAAAUCGUGUCAAAGCAGCUCACUCACGAAUUUCUGUCAGACCCACGGCAGCUCACAGACCUAUCCAAACUUGCAACCAAGCUUUGGACAAAUGUCAACCACAAAUCAUAGAUCUAGCGUCUUGCAUACUUCCACCCUACUAGAGCAUUCAAGCUCUGUAUGUUGUCUAAUUAUUUCGCCAAGAAUCUGUACCAAGUCCGAUGAAUGGUUUUGCAGCCAUACGAAAAACGAACGCUGUGGUCCAUUCUGCAAGGAGCCGCACCAGAACAUUCAUCUUCGGACGGAAGAGACCAAUUAUUUCGACGAAGUGCUCGUAGUUCCACCGAUGGAAACAGACAAUGGAAAUGGCAUUGAAAACAAUGGGGAAGAUAGCGGAGAAGAUACCGAGGACUACGCUUAUCAGGAUGAGCAGGAAAAUGAUUGUAGUCCUUGUACUGAUGGUAGUAUGGAUUGUGCACCCUAUUGUUACACGUACGACUGCAUGAAGCAACCAGGUGGAUGCAAUUUCCUGGACCAGCGAGAGUUUUGUUCUAAAUAUCCCGGACCUGGUUGCACCAAACAAGACGGUUGUUACGAUUCCGGCUAUUGUUCAAAAAGCUAAAUUUAAAU